AGUUAUCUCCCCGUGUUGUGCAACUCUUCACAAUUGAAUGCAACAACAUCGACAAAAUGUCGUCGGAGAAGUUUGAGUGUCUCGAAGACGAUUUGAACGGAGUUUUAGAACAAUUAAAGAAAUAUAUUCACGAUGAAAUCCCUGUAUUAUACGGCGAGGAGAAGAAAAAUGCCAAGAGACAAGUUGAAAAGAAAUUGGAGGAAGCCUCCCUUUUGAUGCAAGAAAUGGAACAAGAAAGCAAAUCAGCACCACAAACUUACCGAAUACAGAUGAUGAAUCAGUUGAGAAAUUACCGAAGAGAAAUUGAAAGUCUUAGUAGAAAUUUUAAAAUGAUUUCAGAAAAUAAUACUUUUGAUUCUGGAACCAGUGACUGGGAAAAUAAAAUAGAAGGUUCAAACCGACAAAAGUUAUUUUCGGGCAUACAGUCUUUACAAAAGACUUCUGAAAGUAUUGCUCGGUCGCAGCAAGUUGCGGCUGAGACUGACGAAAUUGGUACAGGAAUUAUUGAAGAUAUGAGUCGACAAAGAGAAGUUUUGGAAAGAACCAAAAACAGACUUGACGAAACCGAUGCUAACCUUAGUAAAAGUCGGCGAAUAAUAAAAAAUAUUGUGAGACGGUUGAUGACUGACAAAAUGAUCCUUAUUGCUAUAAUCUUGGUUGAAUUAGCAGCCUUAGGUGGAGUGGUUUACUACAAAUAUUUCAGAAAGUAAAUCCCCUUCCAUUUGUAAAUCUUUCCAUUUCUGUUGUUACAAUAAUCAAUAAGAAAAUAAAAAUAAAUAAAAAGAGGUAACCAACAUAUUUAUAUUAUCACGUAACAACAACAACAACAACAACAACAACAGCUACAGCAACUACACAUUCUAAACUAAUUAUUUUCGCAAACCAUCUCUGUAAUAAUUAAAAAUGAUUUUUCAAACAAAUAUUCUCUCGUUAAAGUAAAUGCGGUUAAGACUGUGGAUGAGAAGGGUCAGAGGAGUUUGGUGAGAUGAAACUGUGGUUUGGUGGAAGUUAUCUCCCCUUUGGUUACACUUGGCAAUGCUCCUGGAUUAGACCCGACAGAUACAACAAUGCGUUUGCUGUUUUAAGCAUCGGACACCAAUAUUCCUUCCUAUGUUGAAACUGAAGCCAAAAGUCCGAGAAAUCUCCUUGACCAUUUUUGAGCCAAGAACAUUUUUAUUUAUUCAUUCAAUUUGUUUAUCUUCAAUGAUUUGAAUCAACAUAUCAACAGUCAUAAAACCAUAAAAAAGAUACAAAUCAGGUGAGAGAGAGUGCCUCUACAUGGUCUCUUGACCUGUUAGAAAUAACAACCAAAUCUCCCUCAAAUUACACCCUGGUGUCUUAAAGAAAGGAUGAAUGAAUAUGUUAACUAAUAUAGUCAGUCCUAGACAUAUUCCCCCCCUCCAUGAAAAAAAAAAAAGAAA